CCCUCUUUUCUUAAGCUUGUCUGUUGUUUCCGUUUCCUUCUGGAGAUCAAUUCAUGAAAGUGAAUAAAAAAGUGAUUUUAAAUUAUUAUUGUUAAUUAGUUUUGAUUUAAAUUGUUUAAUUUAAUUUAGUUUAAAUCAAAAUGAAAGUUAGUGGAAAGCUCCGCCAAUACAUCAUCGUGGGUCGAAAGAUUCCAUCUAAGCAAGACCCAAGCCCUCAACUCUUUCGUAUGUCAAUCUUUGCUCCGGACCAUGUUGUUGCUAAGUCUCGUUUCUGGUAUUUCCUUAAACGUCUAAAGAAGAUCAAGAAGGCUAAUGGUGAAAUCGUCAACAUCAAGCAAGUUCAGGAAAAGAAAUCUAAUGACCGAGUUCGCAAUUAUGGUAUUUGGCUUAGAUAUAAUUCACGGACAGGAACACACAACAUGUACCGAGAAUAUCGGGAUGUUUCAGUCGCAGACGCUGUAACCCAAUGCUAUCGUGACAUGGGUGCUCGACAUCGAGCUCGAGCUGAUACUAUUCAAAUUAUCAAGAUUAUUUCUAUCGCUAACUCCAAGUGUCGUCGACCUAAUGUGAAGCAAUUCCACAAGGCUAAAUUACGAUUCCCACUUCCAGCCAAGAUUGACAGGAGGUUCCACUCUCCUCGAUUCUCUACUAGAGUACCUGAUGCCCGACUUCUUUAGGUUAUAAUCAAAGUGGGUUGUGUAUUUGUUUUGAAACUUUAAUAAAUACAUUCAAUGGAUGUUAAAAGUCUUGUUUAAA